AUGAGAAUGCUGGUGAACAAGAGCAUCUUUGCCGAGCCGGAACCCGGCUUCUACGCCCACACCCCGGUGUCCCGGGUCAUUGGUGCGCCCAACAUGACGGAUCUUCUCAGUCAUAGGUUAGAGGAUGGGUUCCGCGCGGCAAGCCGGCACGCGGAGGCGCUGGCGAGGUUGCACUAUCGGGACCCCACCGCAGAGGACAUUCUGGGCUUUCAACUGGCCUUCUCGACUCCCCGGAACUAUUGGGACUAUGUGGAGCAGGACGACCCGGAGUGCGGGCAGCGGUUCUCCAAGGCCAUGCGAGCCGUGACCGUGAACAAGCUGGGUGAUCUGCCCAAGCUGUACCCGUUUGACCAGCUGGUGGACGACGGUGGAUUGAUUGUUGAUGUCGGGGGCGGCAUGGGGCAGGUUGCCCAGAGCAUUCUCGCUCACUGGUCCGGACUCGGGCUGAAGUGUAUCGUGCAAGACAAGUUUGCGAUUGAAAGGGAAGGUAGUACGCAUCCCAGCUUGGAGAUGCAGACGUACGACUUCUUCGGCCCACAGCCGAUUCAAGGAGCGGCGGCGUAUCUCUUCCGUCAUAUAUUCCACGAUUGGCCGGACGAUGCCUGCAUCACGAUCCUGCGGAACACCGUGGAGGCAUUGACCCCCCAUCGGAGCCGGAUCCUGAUCUGCGAUCAAAUCAUGGAGGAAACGAACCCGUCCACCGCCGCCGUGCUGUACGACAUCGACAUGAUGUGUUUGUAUGGCGGCAAAGAGCGGACCUUGUCCGAAUGGGAGGCGUUGCUGAAGGCUGCAAACCCGAUGCUGGAGAUCAAGAAUGUGUUCCGGAGCCCGAACCAGGUCUCGGGGAUUCUUGACGUGCGACUCUGCGGCGCUUGA